UUCUGUACCCUCUCCCCCUCAAAAAAAAAAAAAAAUUCACCGCCAAAAAAAUCAUGGUGUUCUCCGCCAACCCCCUCUCUCUGAGCGUCCCCGACCCCGCCUUCGAGUCCUGGCUCCGGGACACCGGCUACCUCGAGCUCCUCGACUCCCACUCCUCCUCCUCCUCCUCCUCAACCGACACGUGUCCACCCUCAGCCUCGAAAACCCCAAACCCUAACCCUACCCUCUCCAAAACCCCCAAAUCCCUCUUCUCCCUCCUCAAAACCCUAGUUUCCCUCCUAACCCUCAACCCCUUCGCCAAAUUGACCCCCGACGACUUCGCCGGCUCGACCCCGUCGUGGACUCUGGCCUUUAUUGGGAGCUUGGACUCGUACUCUUGGCCCAAUGGGCCGUCGCAGGCCCGGAUGCGGGUCCAGGAGAACGUGAGGCGAUAUGCGAGGAACUAUGCGUUUCUUUCUCUGAUCUUUCUCGCUUGCUCGUUGUAUCAGAUGCCGGUGCCGUUGCUGGGGGUGGUGUUGAGUUUGAUGAUGUGGGAGGGGGUGAGGUUUUGCAGCGAGAGGUGGGAGAUGGAGGAGAAGUGCCCGGGAUUGAGGAUGGUCUUGGUUCGGAUCGUGCAAUGUGCCACUGCAGUAGUACUCUACUUGUGCAAUCUCCAGAUAGCAUUCUUUUGUGCUAUCAGUGUCAGCUACACAGUGAUGAUCUUGCACGCUUCUCUCCGGAAACUGGCUCCUCCAAAGCAAUCUACUGUAUCGAGUCGUCAUAAAAGAUUACAGCCAAGAUGAAAUACAAUAGAGUGCCAAGUAAUGGCCAUGCUAAUUCUUGGAAACAGGUCAAGAAAAGCUUAGCGAUGACGAUGAUCUGCUCUUAGGGAAGGUUAGCUGAAUCUGUGUGGCUUCAAAAUCCAAGCAUCAGGGCGAAGUUCAUGUCAUACUUCUAUACAAAGGAUGUUUUUGAUACGUUGUGGAUUUUUUUUUUAAAUACAUGUGAUCUCAUCCACUCUUUCGCAUCCAGCGAUGAUGAACGCUUCAUGUACAGUUGCAGUGGGCUCAUGCAUUAUCUCCACUGACAGCAUAUGUCGAGGAGUGGUUAUAUGUGUUGAUGAUAAAAGUUACGAACUCUAGAAUGUUUCUUUGGUGACUGAUAUACUUCAACAAAGCAUCCAACAGAAGGAAGGAAUUGGAAA